AAGAGCAUGGAAAGCUGAGAGAGGCAACAUCUUGAGUCUGGCAGGGUCACCAGAACUGCUCAGCUGAAAAACCAAAACAGACUUUUAAAAGGAGCACUUUGGGUGCGGCAAAACAAACAAAAAACACCCCAAAGGCACUUCCUUAUCAGAGCACUGGUAACUCAUUGAUAGCCAGUGAGUGAUUUGGGCGCUUUGUGAAGUCACUGCUGCUAUGAGUCCCUAUAAGUGAAAAUAUCAUUUGCAGGUAGGAAGAGCAUGGAAGGCUAAGAGGCAACAUCUCAAGUCUGGCAGGGUCAUCCAAGGUACGCAGCUGAAAGGAGAACAACGCUGUACGGCUCUCAGCACAGUUCCAUUUGUGACCAGCAAAGAUGGCUCAGGGUGUUGACUGGCUGCAGAGUCGGGCUGGUAUGUGCAAGAUAAAUCUCUACAGCCCAGAUGGACAGAAAGACCAGGAACGUAAAGUAAUCUGUUUCGUCGAUGUUUCUAACCUGAAUGCAAAGGAUGGAAAUUUGGAUGUUACUGGCCAAUCCACCAACAUCUCUGACCCUGCCAGGGAUCUAGACUUGGCAAAUCUGAAGGAGAAAGAGGUCAUUGUGGUCAAAGACAAGAACAAUCAAAUCAGUUACAAUAAUACAGAAGGAGCAGUCUGCCUUUUCAAGCAAGGCUCUGCAGAAGACGUCAACAUUGUCAGCUGGCUCAGCAAUGACCUUCAGAAAUAUGCCGUUGGAUUCCAGCAUGUCCUGACCCCUUCAGGGACCCUUUGCAAACCCAAUUUGUUUGAUUCACCUAAAACUCACCAGGCAUCCCAGAACAACAAUAACACAGCUCCCAAUGCUUCUAGUGGCCAAACAGGAAACCCAGAAGACCUAACCUGUUAUGCCAACAAUCUCUGUUCCUUUGUCCUUGACAUGACGCGUAAAGAGCUCAAAGACAAAUGGGAGAGUUCCGGUAAGUUUAUACGCCACACAAUUGGUUCUCACUGUCCGGAAGGCAAGCCUGCCUCAAGUGAGUGUGACUCAAGCAGGCCACCUAAGAGGGAUGACCCAUUUCAAGAUAGCUUCAGGCCAGGAGAAAGUUUCUCCGAUAAAUCAAGGAAACAUGAUGAUGGCUCAUCUAUGAGCAAGCACAUGAUGGUGUUUGCCAAUCAGAUUGCUUCAGAUGUGAUGUUAUCAUUCAUGAAGACCAUGAAGGUCCAAAAAGGGAAGCAAACUCCAUCAGCUUGUGCUGUUUUAAAGGAGGUAUUCUUGAAGCACUCCAAGGAAAUCGUUUCAGACUUAAUAGACUCCUCUAUGAAAAAUCUUCACAACAUCACGGGGGCGCUCAUGACAGACUCAGAUUUUGUUGGCGGGCUGAAGAAGAACCUUUACAUCUUGGGAACCCAGAAAACGACAGAGAUUUUGGAAGCAAUGGUGAAACGUUUGUUUAAACUCCUCUCAGAAGAUAAGGCAAGGUCUCAGAGUCUAGCCAUUGCAACCUUUAAAUCGGGGACCCAGUCAAACCAAAGAUCUCAGGGCAUGCAGUUUGCAUCUUUGAAAAGUGAGACGCGCAGUCAUGGGAAGGACCGAGGGGGUGGGCCAGGGAAGCCUCUUCCAUCUGGAAGCAGAGGGCCUGACCAGCCAGCAUCGCUGGAUGUAUAUGCAAAAGAUCUUCUUCUGACAGCGCUGAUGCAGAUACAACAGCACCUGGUGGAAAAAAACAGGGACUCUGGACCUCGUGAGUCCAACACCUCCUCCUUUGGCUACAUUCACCGAGACACAAACCGUGACAGGGCUUCUGGGAGCCCCGGUUCAAGGCAGUCUCCAAAGUCCUGGGAAGGGAAGUCAGAUCAUCACCACCCGGACUUAUUCAAAGAGAAAGGAAGCAUCAUCUUGUCACUGAUCCAGAAAAUCUUACGCGACGCUUGUUUGAAUGCAGACGAAAGCUCCGGUGACACAAAUAGGGCUAGGGAGCCUGGAUAUUAUUUAAGCUGAACAGCGGAGCACCAGAUCUGACAAUAUGGAGCACAUAAACAAGCAAAUGUAUCAACCGAUUGGUGAAAACUGUGAUAAAGAUGAUCCGUCUAUUCCU